AUGAAAGCCGGACCGCUUCUCAUCCAGUGGCACCAUGAGAGCCAGCCGAUCUAUUCGGUCCAUUUCGAUCCCCAUGGCAAAGGGAGGCUAGCUACGGCUGGAAAUGAUAACAAUGUUCGGUUAUGGAGCAUUGAAGCUCAAGGCGAAGAGAGAAAAGUCACAUACCUAUCCACCCUCACCAGACACACUCAACCCGUCAAUGUCGUCCGAUUUUGCCCCAAAGGCGAGAUGCUGGCUUCAGCCGGUGAUGAUGGCAACGUCCUCCUUUGGGUACCCUCUGAAUCGUCCAUGGCCACCUUGACCGAUGAACAUGCCGAUGAUAAGGAAACAUGGAGGAUCAAACACAUGUGCAGGACGUCGACUGGAGCAGAAAUAUAUGAUCUGGCCUGGUCUCCAGACGGUCAAUAUUUCAUCACAGGCGGCGUUGACAACACGGCAAGGAUCUUUAAUGCUCAUACUGGGACCAUGAUCCGCCAAAUAGCAGAACAUAGCCAUUUCGUACAAGGUGUGGCUUGGGACCCUCUCAAUGAGUUCGUUGCGACUCAAUCAUCGGAUCGGUCGGUCCACAUCUAUGCCCUCAAGCUCAAAGAUGGCACACCCACGCUUUCGACGCAUGGGAAGUUCAACAAGAUGGAUCUCCCCGGGCGACGGAUAUCGUCCAACAGUCCAGCUCCGGCUGAGAUGACGAACCGUGCCUCGAAUUCAAGUGCCACCAAUCUUGCCAUCGCCUCCCCUGCCCCUUCAAAUCCCGGAACCCCUUUAACCACACCUCUACCGAUGGAUCCUCCCCUCCUGACCUCGAGCCGGCGAUCAUCUUUCGGCUCGUCACCAUCGUUCCGACGAUCUGCUUCGCCGGCGCCUUCAUUACCGCUGCCAGCUGUCAGACCAGAAAUCUCGUCUCCAAGCCUCAAUGCCGCAAUGGGUCUGGCCGUCAAGAACACGAAUCUCUAUCAUAAUGAAACCAUGACCUCCUUCUUCCGUCGUCUCACGUUCUCACCGGACGGCAGCCUGUUGUUUACACCUGCCGGACACUAUAAGACCAGUUUUCCAACCGCGUCCGAUCCGAUCAAGACUACAGACGACAUCACAAAUACCGUCUACAUCUACACCCGGGCUGGCUUCAAUAAGCCACCAGUGGCGCACCUUCCAGGGCACAAAAAGCCAUCCGUGGCCGUCAAAUGCUCCCCUAUUCUGUAUACCUUGCGGUCCACCACGAAACCAACAAACCAUAUCACUAUCGAUACGUCGUCAGCAAGCGAAGAGAUACCGCUCUUACCAGAUCCCAUAGUCCCACAGACUCCUACGACGGUGAUGGAGCCUCCCCCUUUGUCAGCCACAACUCCUGGUCCCGACUCCAUGUCCGCUCCUUCACCGAAGCCGUCGACCGACGGCGAGCCUGCCAGCCCAGCGCCGACUCCAGCCUUCUCCCUGCCCUAUCGGAUGAUCUAUGCCGUAGCAACGCAGGAUGCGGUGUUUGUCUACGAUACGCAGCAGACAACACCUAUUUGUGUUGUGAGCAACCUUCAUUACGCCACAUUCUCAGAUUUGACUUGGUCAAACGACGGCCUGACACUACUAAUGUCCUCUACGGAUGGCUUUUGCUCGACUUUGGCGUUCGCACCCGGUGAAUUGGGGCAAGUAUACACAGGGCCCCAUCCGACGUACAACCAUCCGGUUGUUACAACCUCGAUUCCUUUGCCAACUUCUUCUGCAAACUCAACACCAGUUCCGACACCUACGGCUACCGCAUCUCCUUCGCUCACAAAAGCAUCUCCUGUUCCUGUACCACCAUCACACCCUUCACCGGCACCGUUUAUUCUUCGUCCCGGAAGUCCAACGAGAUCCAACUCACAGUCAUCGAUAGCUACAAUGACGUCUAUCCAAACCUCAGGCCUUCCCAAUAAUGCUACUCCCACCAUGGGGCAUGUACCCCUGGUAACCGCCACCAACUCUGGACCUCCGAUAGCUAUUCCACCCAUGACGACGCCCCCCCAGACACCUGCAAGUAUUCAUGGUGGCCACCACUCUGCAACAAGCUCGAUUAGUGGUUCGGUCUUGGGCAAGAGAGACGGGGCAACAAGCGAAAGUGAAAAGGAGGAAAGCAAGUCGAAGAGACGUCGGAUUGCCCCCACGCUUGUUGGUCCUUCGGGCUCGAGUGAGAAUGCCAAGGAGGGGAUGAAUUAA